AUGUUCCAACCGACCCUAGGUCCAAACGAUAUUCUCGUCAAAAUCGCCGCCGCCGGUUACUGCCACACUGAUCUUCAAGUAAUGCAAGGCGUCUAUGAGUCGGACGGAGCGAAGCCUGGUUUGAUCGGGUCGCACGAACCAGCCGGAAUAGUCGUCAAGGAAGGAUCAAAUGCAGGCAAAUAUAACAUCCACGUCGGCGAUCGCGUGGGAUCUAUCAAUACCUACAAUUUCUGCGGUACUUGUAAUGCUUGCAAGUAUCAGGGCCAACAACUUUGCGAAAAUUUGACUGGUAUGCUGGGCCUCACGAUCAAUGGUGGCUUUGCGCAGUACAUGAAAGCGGAUGCGCGUGUCGUGGCAAGGAUCCCCAAGUCGAUAUCGUGGGCAGAGGCAGCUCCUCUAUUCUGCGCAGGCGCGACUACAUAUGGUGCGAUUCUCGCAGCGGGGGUGAAGCCAGGACAAUGGCUGGCGAUGGUUGGGAUCGGUGGUCUUGGCCAUUUGGGUGUGCAAUAUGCGAAGGCGAUGGGUUGCAAAGUCAUCGCUAUCGACAAUCGGAAAGAAGGCAUUGAAACCGCUCAGUCUGUGCCAUCGCAUCUGAAGCCUGAUAAGUCUUUUGUGAUUGAUUCCGAGGAUGCACAGAAGCGGGUCGUGGAGGAGCUUCAAUCGUCAUUCUACGAUACGAAUCCUGGAGUUGAUCGGAUUGUCAUCAACGCCGAGGCACGGGAAUUGGUUAAAAUCUCACAGCAAUUCCUGAGAAAGGGUGGGGUUUUGGUUGAUGUGGGAUUGCCAUCGGAGACGUCUUUGGAAGUAGAUCCGUUCGCACUGAGCUUUAAGGAGCAAACUGUGAAAGGUCGGUUGAUUUGUACACCUGAGCAGAGUCAGGAUAUGAUCAAUUUGCAUGCCGAUCAUGGUUGCAAAACACAUAUUGAGAAGACCUAUGGGGUGGAGGAGAUCAAUGAGAUGUUUGAUCAUUACCAGAAGAAGGAUCUAAGAGGGAGGCUUUGCAUGGUAUUUUGA